GGCCGGGAUUCUUUCCACUUGGGCGCUCGUCUGGCUGUUAAGACCGCUUUGGUGAGGCCAGGUGGAGGGGAGGAGCCGGUGGUGAAAGUACGAGUUUGGUCUGGGCCGCCGAGGAGCCUACAGUAGGGAGGUCUGGCCCGCUCCGCUCGCGUCCGCCGGGGCCGCGGGUCCUCCCGGGGCAGCCAGGGCCGAGACGCCACCCGGGCCCUCGUCCCCGCCGGGAGUGCGUCGGGAUAUGUCAAAUAAAAAAUUUCCCCACUUCAAGGCGCGUUGACCCCAGCCCUGCGUCCUCCCGCCUCAGGAACCUGGCGAUUGCUGCGCGUUCGGGUCUCCACUAACCCUUUAUAAGGAGGAAUGGAGAUGGCCACUGCCCAUGUAGAUUCAUAAGCUGCUCAGAAGUGAUCUUGUCCUCAAGGGAAGGAGUGUUCAGGCAGAUUUCGCCAUCAGCCUCAGAGGAUGGCAACCAUUGAUUUGUCCCAUGGUCUUCUUUACAGGGACCCAGUCUGCCUUUAUGAAGAAAAGACAGAUAGAAAAGAUGGUGGCUGGCUGUCCGACAAAUUAUUAUCAGGACCUGGUAACCUUUGAGGAUGUGGCUGUGGACUUCAGCGAGGAGGAAUGGACUUUACUGGACACAACUCAGAGAAACCUAUACAGAGAUGUGAUGCUGGAGAACUACCAGAACCUGGUCACAGUAGGAUGUCAGAACAUCAAACCCAGUCUGAUCUCUUGGUUGGAACAAGAAGAGUUGAGGACAGUUCAGAGAGGAGCUCUCCAAGAAUGGAAAGUGCAUCUUGAAACCAAAGGGUCAGCACUUCAGCAGGAUUUUUUGAGAGGACAAACCUCCAGUGGGAUGCAAACGGCAAGAAGCCACAAUGGAGAACAUUAUGAUUGUGUGUACUAUGGAGAAGUCUUCAGUGAAGACUUGUGCCUUAAGACUCAUGGGAUAAAUCAAAAUACUGAAAACACUUCUGAGUGUUAUCAGAAUGGAAUAGACUUCCUUACUCUGCACAAGGAGACCUCUACUGGGGAGAAACUUUCUGUGUUGAAUGAGUAUGGAAAAGCCUUUAGUCUGAAUCCAAAUGUUUACCAGAGCGUGUGCACGAAAGACAAACCCUUUGAAUGCAAUGACUGUGGGAAAGCCUUCGUUAAUCAGUCACACCUGCAGGCACAUAUGAGAACUCACAGUGGAGACACACUUCAUGAAUGGAAGGAAUAUGGAAGAGAUUUUAUUCACUCCACAAGCCUUGCUGUGAAUAUACAAACUCGCAGUGCAGAAAAACCCUACAGAUGCAAGGAAUGUGGAAAAGGCUUUAGAUAUUCUGCAUACCUUAAUAUUCACAUGGGAACUCACACUGGUGACAACCCCUAUGAAUGUAAGGAGUGUGGGAAAUCAUUUACUAGGUCUUGUCAACUUACUCAGCACAGAAAAUCUCACACUGGAGAGAAACCCUACAAGUGUAAGGAAUGUGGGAAAGCCUUCACGGUUUCCUCCUGCUUAAGUCAACAUGUGAAAAUUCACACUGGAGAGAAACCCUAUGAAUGUAAGGAAUGUGGAGCAGUCUUCAUUAGGUCUUCUCAGCUUACUGAACAUAUAAAAACUCACACUUUGGAGAACCCCUUUGAAUGUAAGGUAUGUGGAAAAUCCUUCAGAAAUUCCUCAUACCUUAAUGAUCACUAUCGAAUUCACACUGGACUAAAACCCUAUAAAUGUAAGGACUGUGGGAAAGCCUUCAUUCAGAACUCAGACCUUACUAAGCAUGUACGAACGCACAGUGGAGAGAAACCCUAUGAAUGUAAGGACUGUGGAAAAGCCUUUGCCAGGUCCUCUCGCCUUAACGAACAUAUAAGAACUCACACCGGAGAGAAGCCUUUUCAGUGUGUCAAAUGUGGGAAAGCGUUCGCUAUUUCUUCGAAUCUUAGUGGACAUUUGAGAAUUCACACUGGAGAGAAGCCGUUUGAGUGCACUGAAUGUGGGAAAGCAUUUACGCAUUCCUCCAGUCUGAAUAAUCACAUGCGGACUCACAGUGCCAAAAAACCGUACACAUGUAUGGAGUGUGGGAAAGCCUUUAAGUUUCCCACGUGUAUUAAUCUUCACAUGCGAAUCCACACUGGAGAAAAACCCUAUGAAUGUAAACAGUGUGGGAAAUCUUUCAGUUACUCCAAUUCAUUUCAGUUACAUGAAAGGACUCACACUGGAGAAAAACCCUAUGAAUGUAGAGAGUGUGGUAAAACCUUUAGUUCUUCCAGUUCCUUUCGAAAUCAUGAAAGAAGACAUGCGGACAAACUGUCAGUGUAAGGAACGUUAGGAAGCCUAAAAGUGUUCUUGUUCACUUGGAAGACAUGAAGAACUCAGUGGGGAGAAACCCUAUGAAUAUAAGGAAUGUGGAAGCGUCUUCACUUAUCUCUUUGGUCUUAAUCAAUGUAAGGAUUCGCAAUGGAGAAGACCCUAUUGCAGCAUGGAAUGUGGAAAAGACUUCAUUAAAUCCUAAGAUUUACCUUACAUAUAAGAAAUCUCACUGGAGAGAAACCCUAUGAAUGUAGAGAAUCUGGGAAAACCUUUCCUAAUUCCACAAGCCUUAAUAUGAAUAUGUGAACUCACAUCGGAGAGAAACUCUAUGAUUUAAAUGGUGUGGUCUGGAUGAUGCCCCCCAAAAUUCAUAUUUUGAUGCCCUAAUCCCUGGCUCCUCACAAGGUAUGGACAUAAGGUUUUUAAACAAGUAAUUAACUUAAAAUGAGGCUGUUAGGGUCAGUUUGUAAUUUAACAUCACUGGUGUCCCUAUAAGAGAAAGUGCAAGGAAGGACGUGUGCACACACAGUAAGAAGACCAUGUGAAGUCACCAGAAGAUGGUCAUCUGCAAGCCAAGGACAGAGGCCUGGAACAAAUCCUUCUAUUACGGCCUCCAGAGGAAACCAACCCUGCCCCACCUUGAUAUUGGACUUCCAGCCUCCAGAGCGAUAA